UCGGUUGUCAUUGAAGAGACGAGUGUGAAUAAAUUUUUCGAUUUUUAUUAAGUCUCCAAAAUUCAUGAAGUAAAAUUGAAAGUUUUUUCUUAAAUAGUGCAAAAAACAAAUCAAUAAUCAAAAAAAAUAAUACUCAACAUUAAGAUCUCAAGAAUAAAAGUUUUAUUUCAUAUAAAAAUAAUAGUUUUGAAGUGAAUUUAUAUCUAUAUAUUUUUCUUUGCUUUCCGCAUAGUUAGGUGCGUGAGUGUAUGCCUGCUUAUGUAUGUGCAAAUGAUGAGCAAUAUUUGACAGCAGACCAUUCCCAAAAUUUUAUUUUCCAAUUGAUUUUUUUUGCAUACACUGUUGCAAGUGUUAUUAAACAAACCCAAAAACGUAUAGAAACAUUUGGAAGUGAAAGGUGCGCUUUUCUCAUAGCGAUACGUUACUAAUUUUGCGUUUGCAAUAGUUGAAAACAGGGGGAUUUGAACUUGAAGUCUGAAAACCACAUCAUUUUCCAUCAUCACACCACCCAGCAAGCCGAAUAAUAUUCUAACAAAAUGUCUGCGGAACGUGAGAUACCAGCAGAGGAUAGUAUUAAAGUCGUCUGUCGUUUUCGUCCAUUGAACGAUAGCGAAGAAAGAGCCGGCUCAAAGUUUAUUGUUAAAUUUCCCAACAGUGCUGAGGAAAAUUGUCUCUCUAUAGGGGGUAAAGUCUAUCUAUUCGACAAAGUAUUCAAACCAAAUGCAACCCAAGAAAAAGUCUACAAUGAAGCAGCUAAAUCCAUUGUUACGGAUGUCUUGGCCGGUUACAACGGUACCAUCUUUGCCUAUGGUCAAACAUCUUCGGGUAAAACACAUACCAUGGAGGGUGUCAUCGGUGAUCCCAACAAACAGGGUAUCAUUCCACGUAUUGUCAACGAUAUUUUCAAUCACAUCUAUACGAUGGAAAUGAAUUUGGAAUUCCACAUUAAGGUGUCGUACUAUGAAAUCUACAUGGAUAAGAUUCGUGAUUUGCUCGAUGUUUCGAAAAUAAACUUGAGCGUACACGAAGACAAGAAUCGUGUGCCGUAUGUUAAGGGUGCUACGGAGCGGUUUGUUUCCUCCCCUGAAGAUGUGUUCGAAGUUAUCGAAGAGGGCAAAUCAAAUCGUCAUAUUGCCGUUACAAACAUGAACGAGCAUUCAUCACGUUCACACUCAGUAUUUUUGAUCAAUGUCAAACAGGAGAAUUUGGAAAAUCAAAAGAAAUUAUCGGGUAAAUUGUACCUGGUCGAUUUGGCCGGUUCUGAGAAGGUAUCGAAAACCGGUGCCGAAGGUACUGUGCUCGACGAGGCCAAGAACAUUAACAAAUCCCUGUCGGCCCUGGGUAAUGUCAUCUCCGCCCUGGCCGAUGGCAAUAAAACGCACAUACCCUAUCGUGACUCCAAGCUGACGCGUAUCCUUCAAGAGUCUUUGGGUGGUAAUGCACGCACAACCAUUGUCAUUUGUUGUUCACCUGCCAGUUUUAACGAGUCUGAAACCAAGUCUACACUCGAUUUUGGUCGUCGCGCCAAGACCGUCAAGAAUGUGGUCUGUGUCAAUGAGGAGUUGACCGCCGAGGAAUGGAAACGUCGCUACGAAAAGGAGAAGGAAAAGAAUGCCCGUCUCAAGGGCAAAGUGGAGAAAUUGGAACUCGAAUUGGCUCGCUGGCGUGCUGGUGAGACGGUCAAUGCCGACGAACAAAUCAAUGUGGAUGAGCUUAUGGAGGCUAGCACACCCAACUUGGAGGUGGAAACUGCUGCCGCAACCAAUGCAGCUGCACCCAUGCCAGCAACACCAGCUGCCGGUCUCAUGUUGGGCUCCAUCAGCAGUGAUGAACGUGCCCGUUUGGAGGCGGAACGUGAACGUUUGUACCAACAAUUGGACGAAAAGGAUGAAGAGAUCAAUCAACAUAGUCAAUAUGUUGAAAAUCUCAAAGAACAAAUUGUGGAACAAGAAGAGCUCAUUGCCAAUGCUCGUCGUGAAUAUGAGGCCUUGCAGUCCGAGAUGGCUCGCAUUCAACAGGAGAAUGAAUCGGCCAAGGAAGAGGUGAAAGAAGUCUUGCAAGCCUUGGAAGAGUUGGCUGUUAACUAUGACCAAAAAUCUCAAGAAAUCGACACCAAGAACAAGGACAUGGACAACCUUAACGAGGAGUUGCAACAAAAGCAGGCUCUGCUUAAUACAACCACCACAGAGCUGCAACAGUUGCGUGACAUGUCCUCGCAUCAAAAGAAACGCAUCAAUGAAAUGUUGUCGAAUCUACUGAGGGAUUUGGCUGAGGUGGGCCAAGCUCUGUCAUCGGCCGACUCCACAAUUGACAUGAAAAUGAACAGCAUACCCAGUGCUGGUGAUAGUGGCAAGGUGGAGGAAGAUUUCACCAUGGCACGUUUGUACAUUAGCAAAAUGAAAACCGAAGCCAAGAACAUGGCUCAACGUUGCACCAACUUGGAGACGCAACAAACCGACUCCAACAAGAAGCUCUCCGAAUACGAACGAGAUUUGGGUGAAUAUCGUUUACUUAUUUCCCAGCAUGAGGCUCGCAUGAAGUCCCUGCAAGAAUCCAUGCGUGAAGCCGAAAAUAAGAAACGUUCCUUGGAGGAACAAAUCGAUUCGUUGCGCGAAGAAUGCGCCAAACUUAAGGCCGCCGAACAUGUGUCGGCCGUUAAUGCGGAGGAGAAACAAAAGGCCGAAGAAUUGCGAUCCAUGUUCGAUUCACAAAUGGAUGAGCUGCGUGAAGCCCACACCAAACAAGUGUCCGAGUUGCGUGAUGAAAUCAUUGCCAAGCAACAUGAAAUGGAGGAGAUGAAGGAUCUGCACCAGAAGCUGAUUUUGGCACACCAACAAAUGGCUGCCGAUUACGAGAAGGUGAAACAAGAAGAGGCUGAAAAAUCAAAUAAAUUGCAAGAAAUCAUACUCAUCAACGAGAGACGUGAACAGGCUCGCAAAGAUCUCAAGGGUUUGGAAGACACCGUGGCCAAGGAAUUGCAGACAUUGCACAAUUUGAGGAAAUUGUUUGUGCAAGAUCUCCAGUCCCGCAUUAAGAAGACCGUUCUGAAUGAAGAUAGCGAAGAGGACGGCGGCUCAUUGGCCCAAAAACAGAAAAUCUCCUUCCUCGAAAACAAUUUGGACCAACUCACCAAAGUGCACAAACAAUUGGUGCGUGACAAUGCCGAUCUACGCUGUGAAUUGCCCAAAUUGGAGAAACGUUUGCGCACCACCAUGGAGCGUGUCAAGGCCUUGGAGACAGCGCUAAAAGAAGCCAAAGAAGGUGCUAUGCGUGACCGCAAACGCUAUCAAUACGAAGUCGAUCGCAUCAAGGAAGCCGUGCGACAGAAACACUUGGGCCGACGCGGUCCCCAGGCGCAAAUUGCUAAACCCAUUCGUGCUGGUCAGGGUGCAAUUGCCAUUCGUGGUGGUGGUGCCGGCGCUAAUCCCACACAAAUGCCUCAAGCAAGUGCUGUUAGUUCGUAAAAUGAUUUAAAUUGUAAUUUUUACAACUAUUAUUAAUAUUAUUAUAUAUUAUAAUUAUAAUUACUAUAUAUUUUUCCUUUGAGAUUUUCUUUUUUAUAAUUUCCACUUAAUUUUUAUUAUUUUUUUUCCUAAAACAAAAAAAAAGUAGUAGUUUCAAAGCAACUGAUUAUGGAAAUACAAAACAAAGAAAAAAAAAGAAAGAAAGAAAAAAACAAUUGUAAAACUUGAAAAAAAAAAAAAAAAAAACUAUAAAAAAAAUGAAAAUUAAAGGCAGAUUUUUUACAAAUCUGAUGAAAGCAGAAUAGGAAAACUGCCGACCGAUUCUUUGCAUGUCUAUAUAUGAUGAAUAAGAUUCCCCACUUUUGGGGGGUAAUCUUUUUUCAAACGAGCAUUUCAAUUUUGUUCAAUUUUCACGCGUUGUAAAUUUUACAUAAAUUUAUGGUGUUCGUUAUACAUUUUCAACUCCUUAGCCACUUAAAUCCCUUAUAAGCAUUUCCCAAUCCUUUUCAUUUUCACAACCACUGUGCUUUUUUUCAAAUUGAUUCACAAUUAUUUUAAUUAGCAAAAAUGCUCUAAGCAAAGCAAAAAAUUAUAUAAAAAACUCUUAAACUAUGGUGAUUAUGAUGUUCUUAUUCUUUCCUUUUUUUUACAAAAAAAAAACAAAAACCUCCAACCUACAUUAUUUAAAUUAUUUAUUAAACAAGGAAAUUUUAAAUAAAAAAACAAUUGAGAAUAAACAAAAAUGCAUAGAAAUCAUAAUUUUGUAAUUCACACACACACACACACACACACAGUAAUAAAAGUGACAACUUUAAUUAUUAUUUAAUAAUAUUAUAAAGAUAAUGAUGAUGUGAGUAAUUAAAGUAAAAAAAAACAAACACUAAACUUGAAAUUCUUAAUUAAGUGAAAAACACAACAAUAAUACUAUAGCAACAAUAACAUUUGAAUAAACAAAAAAAAUACAUUUUAAAUGCAAUGUCCAGUCAUUUUGAUGACAAUGAAUGUUGAAACAAAAAAAUACAAAGAGCUCUGUUUUUAUUUCUU